AUGAAGUGCAAUCCCUCUGUGACUUCUGGCCAAUGCAAGAACCAUAAACAGCAUUGCAAUGCACCUUCUCACAUUCGGAGAAAGAUCAUGUCUUCCCCUCUUUCCAAAGAGCAGAGGCAGAAGUACAAUGUUCGUUCUAUACCUGUUCGAGGGAUGAUGAAGUUCAGGUUGUCCAGACGCUACAAAGGCCAGCAGAUUGGCACAGUAGUCCAAAUGUACAGGAAGAAAUAUGUCAUCUACACUGAACAAAUACAUCAAGGAAAGGCUAAUGGCACAACUGUCCAUGUGCACAUCCACCCCAAAAAGGCAGCUAUCACCAGGCUAAAGCUGGACAAAGGCCACAAAAAGAUCCUGGAAAGCCAAGUCUCGACAGCAAGAAAGGAGAAGGGCAAACACGGUUGA